AUGGCUACAAUGAAGAAGAGCAGAGCUUCAAAGGAAAAUGAAAUGGACCGACUCAGUGACUUGCCAGACAGUUUAAUCCAUCACAUUCUUUCCUCUCUGAACACCAAAAAUGCAGUCCAAACAUGUGUGUUGUCCAAGAGAUGGAGCCAUCUCUGGACUUGUCUUCCCAGCCUCAAUUUUGACAGCCAAUCAUUCAAGUAUCUUACUUCCUUCAAAAAAUUUGUACUCCACGUCCUCUCUCGACGUGAACCAUCUAAUCUCCAUAGCCUAAAAUUCCAUAGCUGCUCAUCGGAUAAAACUUUUAUAGGCAGAGUUAUCUGCUAUGCUGUAUCGCAUUCUGUACAAGAAAUCUAUAUGGAUCGUACAAUCCAUCCAGCAUAUCGGCUUCUCUCUAGCACAUCCCUGAGAACUCUCCACCUUGAAAAUUGUUCAUUAUUUGGUGAUCACUUUUCGAGAUGUUUGAAUCUAGAAAAUCUGUUCAUCGACAGAUGUUUUAUAUCUGUAGAACAUAAGGUGAUUAAAAUUUCCGGUCCACGGUUGGUAGCAGUGAACAUCAGUCGGGUAACUCAGAUUGGUUAUGAGUCUGAGACGUACGCCUAUACACUUGUGGUUUCUUCUCCAAGACUGUCCUCCUUUUGCUACCAGGGUAGCUGUCCUUCAGCAUUGUCAAUGGAAGGAUGUUCGAUUCUUGACAGGGUCAACAUUGGUUUAUCUGUCCAUGAAGAAAAGCAAGAGUUCCGUACAUUUCUGAAAAAUACUUUGCAAGGGGUGAUCUUACAUGCUAAAUUACUAACUAUAGAGUGGAAGGAAGGAUUGAUGAUAAAAACCGCAUUAAGGAAUAACGAUGUACAUGCCAUAAUCUAUAACGAGGCUACUAAGGAAGAAAGGAACUUGUGUUGGAAGGCAGCUAAUGAAAACUUUGAACUGUUUUUUGAGUGGAUAUUUGCAAAGAUGGAAAUCAAAUCAAGCCCCAAUAACAUCAAUGCAGACUUUUGGAGAUAUUCAGCUGUUUUUCACAUGGCUGCACAGGUGUGA